CGCUGCUAGAUAGACUAGAUAAACCAGAUGGCAGUCCGGUGGGGAAUGGUGAAUAGAGAGAGAGAGAGAGAGGAAAGACAAGGCGGAGUGGUGACGCUGCUCAAAACCCAGCCUCCCCGAGUCAACUCUAGCGCCGCUCGCUAAAGCACAGAACGCGAAAGUUGCCUCUCCCUUACACGCCUCAUCCUUCCAACAAGGCCCAAACUUCUACCUUUCCUACUCAGCCCUUCUGCUUUGUGCAUCUUGAAUCUGGCGGCCUCUUUGCUGCGGUUCUGGUGCCGACCUCUCUGAGAGGGAGCAUCGUUGAUCUUCCACCCUACACCCGCUUUUUCUUUUCACUAACUUAGCUCACCCGACCAAUCUUCCAAUCCCUCUCCGUCGCUCACAUCCUGACGAACUCUCCGUCUUACUCCCUUCCGACACAUACCUGGAUUACUCCUCCUCACAAACCCUUCACAUCAGGACCGAAGACAUGUCUGAGGUUCAAUCGAGACCAUCAGCCCCUCGUGGCAGAGGCUCUGUCCGUGGUGGCAGAGGUGGCUACAGCUCUAGAGGCGGUCGCGGCGGUAGCAGGUCCGCAAAGCUCGACACCACAGACAAUGCCUCUACUCCGACGUCGUACGAUGAUGAGGGAGAUAUUGGACAGCUCAAGAAGAAAUACUCGAACGAGCUGCCUGCGCUGAGAGAACUGUUUGAAGACUGGACUGAGGAUGAUCUGGUCUUCGCACUGGAGGAUUCGAACGGCGAUCUCGAAAGUGCGAUUGAGCGCAUAACUGAAGGUAAUGUGUCGCAGUGGGGAGAGGUCAAGAAGAAGACGACCGCAGACAGGUCCCGAUCCAAGGUCAAAGAGGCCCAGAGCCAUCAGCCCGAAACUACCACAGCCUCGACUCGUGGAGGCCGUGGACGUGGCGGAUUCGAGGGCCGUGGUCGCGGUCGCGGAGAUCGAGGUCGCGGCGGCCGUGGUGGUAGAGCAGGAGCUCAUACCAACGGUACUCGUUCUGAGAAGCCCGCUACAGCAACCAGUUCAGCUGAGGCUGCUGUUAGCACAAAGACCGGUGCUAUUGAUACUACAGUCACAGGAGAGACUGCUGAGGGUGCAAAGGAGCCAGCGAAGGAGGUUCCUAAGCCCCCUGGCAUACCUGAGGGUACGAAGACGGGAUGGGCAAGCUUGUUUGCGAAACCGACUCCACCUCCUCAGAAGCAACAACCGCCUGCCGCUACUCCUGCCGUCGAGAAACAAGCUGAACCUGUCCCUGAACAGAAACCAGCCGAACCAGAACCUGCUCCUGCUCCUGCUGAGAAGGCACCAGAGGAACAAGUUGCGCCGGCUGAAGCACCCGCUGAGACUGUGGCUGAAGAUGUCCCUCCAGUUAAGGACGAUCUCACGAAGCAAAACCUCGAGCAAGUUCCUGAUGUCUCCGUUCCUCCCCCUACCGGAACAGCAGCUGCUACAACGACUAGCACCAUUGCUGGCGCCCAGGAUCCUGAUAACCUAUCUACCAUGACUCCUUCCCGCAGUACCACCACUACCUCAGGUUUCGCCGCAACUGCCUACAAGGCCACCUCCUCCAUCACUGCCCGUGGACCCGGCUACCAGCGCCGUGUUAUGGAACAGCAGGAGGCAGUGGUCAUGCCAGCCAAUCACGCCGUCGAUCGCGCUGCCGUUCAAUUUGGCAGUAUGGGCCUGAAUGGUGGUGCUGACGAUGUUGAUGUUGAUGAAGAGAGAGAAGAGGCCGAGACUCGCGCUCAGCCUCCGCAGCACUCCCCCGUUGCUCCUCGUGCUUCGUUGCCGCCCUCGACCCACGCUCAACCGCCUGCAGAGGCCCCUGCUAUCCCUCGUCCCGCUCCUGGUCUACCUCCUGCUCCGCAAGCUUCUACCGAUACUUCUUUCACCGAUUUCGCUCGUUACGGCGAUUCCCAGAAACCCUACGACCCUUUUACCCAGCCGGUUACUCAGCCGCAACCCCAGAUCCCGGAGCCUUUCUCGAACCAGGCUCCCGUUCAGCCAACUGCUACCACUGGUAGUGAAUAUUCUCCUUUCUAUGCUGCGGACCAGCAGCGUCUCCCAUACAACUACUAUGGAACGUACGGUCAGUCGCAGGAUGCUACCGCAAGGGCCGCGACCGGCUUCGGCGUCACUGGCGCUGAAGUCCAGCCGCAGAUUCCUGCGAGCCAGCCUCCGGCUCGCUAUGGCCAUGUUGAAGCUCCCAACAGUGGUCACAACACUCCGAACCCUGCUCUGCCUGCCGCGACUGUCACCCAGCCGUCUGCACAGCACAUUCCUGGUGCUCAAGCUGCUCACGGUGGCUAUGGUUACGGAUACCCAUACUACUCUAACCCCCACUACGCUUCUUACAUGAACCAGAUGAAUCAGCAGCACCAGUAUGGACAGAAUCGCCCGAUGUACGACGAUGCCAGAAGAUACGAUGAUCAUUAUAUGCCUCACAGCAGCCAGUACGGCUAUAGAAGUCAGUACGGUCCCUACGGCAAGGGUGGAAUGUAUGGUCAGCCGCAACAUGCGUUCUCAUACGACCACUCCUCCUCUCCUGCCAAUGUAGGUGCUUUCAACCAGGGUCUGCCUGGUCGUGAAUCAAUGUACGGACGUGCUGGAUCCGCCCAGCCGUCUGAAACUCAGCAGUCUGCUGGUAGCAACGCCUUCGCUUCUGGUAUGACUGAUGUCUUUGGACGUGCGCAGUCUGGUUUCGGUCAGAACCAACCGAUCGCUCAGCAGCAGCCGGUUACUUCUGAAGAAGCCUCGAAGACGUUUGAAGCGUCCAAGGCCGGUGGCCCGAGUCCCUCGCUGGCUCAGGCCAACCGCCCUGGUUCCGCUACAAACAGCGUUCCUGGACAACCCCAGGCCCAAGCCGGGCUUCCCCCGCUGCAGGCCCAGCAGGGUCAGCAAGGCUUUGGUGCCUAUCCUCAUUUGAACCCGCAAUACGGUGGUCUCGGUGGACUUGGAAACCACCAGGCUGCAGCCAGCCAGAGCCACCACCAGGGUACUGGAUACGGUAAUUACGCAGGCGCAGGUUUCGGAAGCAACUAUUAUGGGAACACGGGUCGCGGAGGCUGGGGAGGCAAUUACGGUCAUUGAGGGUCACGGCGUUGCAUUGCAUUGUGGUGAUGAGAGCUCUUUUCAAUGGCGAAAAGCCUGAAGAGCGUUUGGGUUUCUUCUCAAAUGUGUAAUCUCUUCUCUCUUGUGGGAGCCUGGCUGGCUUUUCGUUUUGAUUUUAUUGCUCUGGGUUUAUGAUUGAUGUGGCCCGCAACCGGAAGAAAAAAAUUUAGCCACUUGACCAUGCUUUAUUGCUUUAUGUCUCAAUCUCGCUAAUGUGUCGCCUCCAUGACUCUUUGUCUUUUUUUUUUUUUU